AUGUCUGACCUAGCGAGUUAUAUCCAACAAGUGAAUAGAGCCGUACUCAAUCAGGAUGCAAUUACAUUAAAAGAAUGUCUAACUAUCAAUCCAGCACGACCACAAGGUGAAAUAAGAUCCAAAUUCCCCGAACCUAGUGACUUCGAUCUCUAUCAAACCCCCGAGAGAUUUGGUGAUGUGAUUAAGAAUUAUUUAAAGUUGAUGAAAGUUGUAUAUAUUGAGAAAUCUUUACAAGGAGCAUUUGAUUGUUUCAAUGAAUUAGUGCUUUCAUUAUUACGAGCUGCUGAUAAACAUACCAAUUGGAUUAAUGUUCCGGUAUUAAAUUCUUGUGGAGAGUUGAUGUCGGUAUAUAAAGUGAAAGAAAUGAAUGAUCCUGAAGAUCUUGCGAUUUUCGAAUUUCAAGAUAUUGAAAUGGAUAUGAAUGAACAAAUGAAAGUAAAAAGAAGUGGGUUAGAAACUUUAUCAAUUACUAUACAUAAAGGUUUCACUACAUGUUUGAAUGAUAAGAAUCCUGAUUUAAGAAACAGUAAACGAGUUGAUGUUUAUUAUUUUUUAGCUAUUUUGAUUAGAAUUUAUUUUAAAUUGGGGAAGCUUGAUUUAGCAAAAUCAGUUCAAAAAACGUUGAAUGAUACAAGGCUUGAAUUACCAAAUAUGAGAAGUUCAAUUUCCAAUAAGAAACAUUCAAUUAUGUAUCUAUACUAUUCAGGAUUGAUGUAUUUAGACAAUGGUGAAUAUGUGAAGAGUGAAAUAGAAUUGAAUAAAGCAAUGGAUAUAUUGGGGGAUUAUCAACUGAAGAAGAAUAAACAAACACAACAAAUAAUGAUGUUGUUAUUACCUUUAAAGUUGUAUAAUUGCGGGAAAUUGCCCGUAAAGAGUUUUUGGUUAAGGUAUCCUAAUUUGAGAGUUAUGUAUCGAGAUAAUAUCUUUAAGGCUAUACGUGAAGGUAAUUUAGCCAAAUUUAAUGAAUGUAUGGAAAAAUUCCAAACAAUAUUGUUAACAAAUCAUUUAUAUGUCUUGAUUGAGAAAUUAAGAAUGUAUUGUCAAUUAAGCUUAGUGAAAAAGACAUAUAAUAUUGUUAAUGAAUUUAAACCAAAUACAUAUAUUAUCGCAUUAAGUGCAUUUCAUUUAGCAUUUGAAUUUUCGCAAUAUAAUAAAAACAAUGAAACACAAUUCGAUUUUGCCAAUAAUCAUAGUUAUAAUACAAGUUUAGAUGAAAUUGAAUGUAUUUUGGCUAAUUUAAUUGCACUGAAAAAAGUAAGAGGUUAUAUUAGUCAUGGUAAUAGAUGUAUUGUGUUUGCAAAAGAUGGCAAUGCAUUUCCGAAAUUGCUGCAAAGUUAA